UGGUCUGGGGUAUUAAACGGUGAGGACAGAGGGGAGAAGGCACAGUGAAAAUGGCUCUCUACCAACUUCUGUGUGGUUCGGCGGUGAUGAUCAUCCUCUUGUCUGACGGAUGUCAUUCAAACAAGCAGCCUGCAUGUGGCCAGGCACCAAACAACGCCAAAAUUGUGGGAGGUCAAAACGUGGCCCCAGGAACUUGGCCAUGGGUAGCCAGUUUACAAAUUGAUGAAGAGCACAGUUGUGGAGGAUCCCUGAUUAGCGACAUGUGGGUUCUGACUGCUGCUCACUGCAUCCCAUCGAUAUCAACCAACAUGACGAUUGUUCUGGGCCGCGACAGCAUGACAGGUCCAAACGUGAACGAAGUAUCAAGGGUAGUUGAUAAGAUCAUAUCCCAUCCUGCUUACGACCCAUGGAGCUAUGACAACGACAUGGCUCUUCUGAAGCUGUCGGCACCUGUCAAGUUUACUGACUACAUACAGCCGGUGUGCUUAGCCUCUACAGACAGCACGUUCCAUACCGGUAUCAGCAACUGGGUCGUUGGGUUUGGUACUAACUCAAGUGGUGGCCCCCAAGCUGACAUCCUGCAGGAAGUGAAGGUCCCAAUUGUGGGAAACAAUGAGUGCAAAUGUGCCUACCCAUACCUCACAGACAACAUGAUCUGUGCUGGGUUCAGAGCUGGAGGGAAGGAUUCAUGUCAGGGAGACUCAGGUGGACCAAUAACAGCCACAACUGGGAAAGUGUGGAUCCAGAGUGGCGUUGUGAGUUUUGGCCAAGGCUGCGCGGAGCCGAAUUUUCCUGGAGUUUACGCUCGGGUGUCCAUGUACGAAGACUGGAUCAAAAAUCACACUGGCUCUAGCCAACCAGGCUUUGCUGACUUCUUCUCCAAGGGAUUUGACAGAGACUCAAUAUUUGACUGUUCAUCAAUUACCAUACCCACCGAUCCCCCCAAACCUUCUACAACCCAUCACCCACAUACCUCCACCCAUCACCCCCAUACCUCCACCCAUCACCCACAUACCUCCACCCAUCACCCACAUACCUCCACCCAUCACCCACAUACCUCCACCCAUCACCCCCACACCACCAAGGAUGACGACAGUGUGUUUGGCAGUGGUGAGAGUGUGAUUCACUUCUCCUCACUCGGUCUUCUCCUUAUGUCGCUCUAUGUGCUGCUCGGAGUUUAGGGUUCCUGCGCCCACAUGGCUCGUUCACUUGGUUUGAUAUGAGCCCUCAUCUUUCAAAAACAUGAGUCAAAAUAUAUAACUUCAAUGUUUUAAUUAGCAAUAACCCUUCUUGUGAUUUUUCUUCCUUUAAUCAAAACGGAUCUUGAUCCAUUUCUGGUGGCAAGUCACUCAUUUUUGCAGAUGACUGGAUUUGAGUUUGAAAAAAAGCUCAAUGAUUUCACAUCAUCUUGUAAAGAUUUUCUUUCCAGGCAUAACAGGAUCAAACACAGAAAUAAAGAAUAUUUCCUGCGUAA